UUAUAUCGUAUGAAUUGAUAUAAAUAUACUCCUGUGUUGAACUGGCAAUAACCUGAAAUAGUUUGCAACGUACAAAAUAUUAAACACUUUAGGGAAACUAACAUUACAUGUAUGUCUGGUAGUGGGCAGUCGUGAUACAAAAUGGAUGUUACACAGAUUGAUUCCGAAGACGACAGCAUCUCUGACAGUCACAGAGAUAUUGGUUCCGAAACAAGGCUUAAAGAAGAUAAAUUAUCCUCGUUUACGAAAAAUGAAGUGAAGAUCGAAAAUGAAGAGGGAAUACGUGGUGUCAGCCAAUUCUUUGAAAAUCCUAUUUACGGGGAAAAGAGUAAUGACAACAAUAGUAUUGGAGAUAUGGUCAUAGUACAUAGACCUACGAAUCAAGCGCACAUUAUCAGGUCGUUGGCACUAGAAAAUAGAAAAUUCAGAUGUUGCACAUAUGUGUUUCUUCUAACCACAAUAAUCUUUUUAGUAGUGUCUCUUAUUAUGGCAGUGUUAAUGCUUCGUCAGACAGAUCAACACCAAUUUCCGCCAAAUACCCAAGGGAAUCGAAGCGAACAACAGGAUCAUACGCCAUGCAGCAGCAGUCCAUGUAAAAACUCUGGAUCGUGUUUUCAUGCUGAUGGUUCGUUUACCUGCUUAUGUCCUCCAGCAUACCUUGGCAAAGAAUGUACAGAAACACUUUGCAACAGUGCCCCUUGUUUCCAUGGAGGGCAUUGCUUUAUUACGGACAAAGGUUUCAAUUGUAGAUGUCAAGAAGGAUAUUCAGGAGAAUUGUGCGAAGUAACUCCUUGCUCCAGUCAACCUUGUCUUAAUAAUGGCAGUUGUGAUAUGAAAGGAAGAAGCUUCAAUUGUAGAUGUUCACAAGGAUAUUCAGGUCGUUUGUGUGAAGUAACACCAUGCAACAGUAACCCAUGUUUCAACUCCGCUUCAUGUCUAAACGUAAAUGGAAGUUACGUAUGUGUUUGUCCAACGGGAUAUUCUGGAAUGCAGUGUGAAGUUAGUCCGUGUGAUGGAUUUACCUGUAAUAAUGGAGGAACAAAAAAGGUAUCAGGAGGUAACUGUCGAUGUUCAUGUAGAGAUGGUUUCUAUGGUUCAUCAUGUGAAGUAACGCCUUGCAUAAGUCAUCCUUGUGGUUAUGGUGGCAGCUGUUCUAUGUCUGGAGAUUUCUUUAAUUGUGAUUGCUUAAAGGGAUACUCGGGAAAGUUAUGUGAAGUGACACCAUGCAGUAGUAGUCAAUGUGCAAAUUCUGGAAAUUGCAUAAAUGUAAAUGGAAGUUAUGUUUGUGAUUGUCCAAAAGGCUAUUCGGGGAAACAAUGUGAAGUUGACCCAUGUGACGGUGUUUCUUGUUAUAAUGGAGGAACAAAAUCUAUAUCAGGGAAAACUUGUCAGUGUUUAUGUGGGCGUGGCUUCUCUGGAUCAUCAUGUGAAGUAACACCUUGCAGCAGCCAGCCUUGUUUACAUAGUGACAGUUGCUCUAUAUCUGGAGACAGUUACAGUUGUAACUGUUCAACGGGAUAUUCAGGGAAAUUAUGUGAAGUCACACCUUGCAGCAGUCGACCUUGUGAACAUCGCGGAACAUGUUUUAAUGCAAAUGGAAGUUAUGUAUGUUCUUGCCCUGCAGGGUAUUCUGGAAAUACGUGUGAAGUUACACCUUGCAGCAGUAAACCUUGUUUUAAUGGUGGUAACUGUUCUAUAACGGGUGACGUGUUUAAUUGUAGUUGUCCCAAAGGGUUUUCCGGCAAGUUAUGCGAAGUAACACCUUGUACCAGUCAACCUUGUCUCCAUGGUGGCAGAUGUUCAUCAGCCGGCAACAACUUCAUUUGUAAUUGUACAGAUGGAUAUUCUGGAAACAUAUGUGAAGUCACACCAUGCAGCAGUAAUCCAUGUGUUAAUUCUGGAACAUGUUUAAAUGCUAAUGGAAGCUACAUUUGUGUUUGUCCAAUUGGAUAUUCUGGCAAACUGUGUAAAGAUGACCCAUGUGAAGACUUUUCAUGUGAAAAUGGAGGAUCAAAAUCUGUUUCGGGGAAAAGAUGUCAGUGUACAUGUAGAGUUGGAUUCUAUGGAUCAACAUGUCAAGUAACACCUUGCACCAGUCAGCCUUGUUUGCAUGAUGGUAACUGUUCUAGGUCUGGGAAAAGCUACUCUUGUGACUGUCCUAGGGGAUAUUCUGGCAAAUCAUGUGAAGUGACACCAUGCAGCAGUAACCCUUGUUUAAAUUCAGGUUCAUGUUACAAUGAUAAUGGCAGCUACGCAUGUGUUUGUUCAAUUGGAUAUACAGGAAAAACAUGUGAAGUUGAUCCAUGUGCUGGUUUUCCUUGCGAUAAUGGAGGAACAAAAUCUGUUUCGGGAACAGCCUGUCAAUGUACAUGUAGAAGUGGCUUCUCUGGAUCAUCAUGUGAAGUAACACCUUGUAGUAACCAGCCUUGUUUAAAUGGUGGUAGUUGCUCUAUCUCAGGACACAGUUUCAGUUGCAAUUGUUCAAAGGGAUAUUCUGGCAAAUCAUGUGAAGUGACACCAUGCAGCAGUAGUCCGUGUGUGAAUUCCGGAUCUUGCUUAAAUGUAGAUGGCAGUUAUCUAUGUAUUUGUCCUAAAGGAUACUCUGGCAAUUUAUGUCAAGUUGAUCCAUGUGCUGGUUUUCCUUGCGAUAAUGGAGGAACAAAAUCUGUUUCGGGAACAGCCUGUCAGUGUAGAUGUAGAAGUGGCUUCUCUGGAUCAUCAUGUGAAGUAACACCUUGCACAAGUCAGCCUUGUUUUCAUGAUGGAAGUUGUUAUAUAUCAGGAGACAGCUAUAGCUGUAAUUGCUUGAAGGGAUUUUCUGGUAACUCAUGUGAAGUGACACCAUGCAGCAGCAAUCCUUGUGUAAACUCUGGAUCAUGUUUGAAUGUCAAUGGCAGCUAUGGUUGUGUUUGUUCGUUGGGAUACUCUGGCAAAAUAUGUGAAGUUGAUCCAUGUGACGGUUUUACUUGUGAUAAUGGAGGAACUAAAACUAUGUUAGGAACAACCUGUCAGUGUUCUUGUAGAAGGGGUUUCUCUGGAUCGUCAUGUGAAGUAACACCUUGUAGUAACCAGCCUUGUUUUCACGAUGGUAAUUGUUCCAUAACAGGAGAAGGCUUCAUUUGCAAUUGUUCAGAGGGGUAUUCGGGUAAACUUUGUAAAAUGACACCCUGCAGCAGUAGCCCCUGUGUGAAUUCCGGAUCAUGCGUUAAUGUAAAUAACAGCUAUCUUUGUAUUUGUCCUAAAGGAUACUCUGGAAAAAUAUGUGAAGUUGAUCCAUGCGAAGGUUUCUCCUGUGAAAAUGGAGGAACAAAAUCAGUGUCAAAAACUAUUUGUCAGUGUACCUGUAGAAGCGGCUUCUCUGGAUCAUCAUGUGAAAUAACGCCUUGCACUAGCCACCCAUGUUUACAUGAUGGUAGUUGUUCUAUAUCAGGAAACAGUCAUAGUUGUAAUUGUUCAAAGGGAUUUUCGGGCAACACAUGCGAAGUGACACCAUGCAGCAGUAGUCCAUGUGAAAAUUCUGGAUCAUGCUUAAAUGUUAAUGGCAGCUAUGUUUGUGUUUGUUCAUUGGGAUAUUCUGGCAAACUAUGUGAAGUUGAUCCAUGUAACGGCUUUUCUUGUGAAAAUGGAGGUACAAAAUCUGUAUCAAGAACAACCUGUCAGUGUACCUGUAGGAGGGGCUUCUCUGGAUCAUCAUGUGAAGUAACACCUUGCAGUACCCGUCCUUGUUUUCAUGAAGGUAAAUGUUCUAUAUCAGGAAGCAGCUUCAGUUGCAAUUGUUUAAAGGGAUUUUCCGGAAAAUCCUGUGAAGUGACACCAUGCAGCGGAAGGCCGUGUGUAAAUUCUGGAGCCUGUUUGAAUACAAAUGGCAGCUUUGUGUGUCUUUGUCAAAAAGGAUAUUCCGGUAGAUUAUGUGAAGCUGAUCCAUGUGAAAGUUUUACUUGUCAGAAUGGAGGAAUGAAAAACGUAUCAGGAUCAACCUGUCUAUGUACGUGUAGAAGGGGCUUCUCUGGAUCAUUAUGUGAAGUAACCCCUUGUAGUAACCAGCCUUGUUUGCAUGAGGGUGUUUGUUCUAUAUCAAGACACAGCUUCAGGUGUAAUUGUUCAAAUGGAUAUUCAGGAAAAUUAUGUGAAGAGACGCCAUGUAGCAGCAGUCCGUGUCUAAAUUCGGGAUCAUGUUUAAAUGCUAACGGAAGCUAUGCAUGUUUUUGUUCCGACGGAUUUUCUGGCAAACGUUGUGAAGUCGGCCCAUGUGAAGGAUUUAUUUGUCGUAAUGGAGGAACAAAAUAUGUAUCCGGAAGAACCUGUCUAUGUACCUGUAGAAGGGGAUUCUCUGGAUCAUCAUGUGAAGAAACACCUUGCAGUAGCCAGCCUUGUUUUCAUAAGGGCACUUGUUCUGUAUCAGGAGACCAAUUUAGUUGCAGUUGUUCCGAGGGAUAUUCUGGCGCACUGUGUGAAGUGACAUCAUGCAGCAGUAGUCCUUGUGAAAAUUCUGGAUUAUGUAUAAAUACAAAUGGCAGCUAUGUCUGUGUUUGUCCAAUAGGAUAUUCAGGGAAACAUUGUGAAGUUGAUCCAUGUGGUGGCUUUACUUGUGAUAAUGGAGGAACAAAAAGUGUAUUCGGAACAACUUGUCGGUGUACAUGUACAGGUGGAUUCUCUGGAUCAUUGUGUGAAGUAACACCAUGUUCGAACAACCCAUGUCUUCACAAUGGUACCUGUUCUAUGACGAGCAGUGGCUCCUCUUGCAGAUGUCCCACAGGAUAUUCCGGAGAAUCAUGUGAAGUAACUCCGUGCAAAAGUAGUCCUUGCCUAAACUCAGGAACAUGUUUCAAUGUGGAUAGCACUUUUACAUGUGCAUGUCAGACUGGAUACUCAGGCAAUCGUUGUGAAGUUACACCUUGCAGUGGAGACUUCUGUUUGAACCAGGGAACUUGUUUCAUUGUAAAUCGUUACUUUAGAUGUGCGUGCAAGUCUGGGUUUUCAGGGAGAUUUUGUGAAGUGACUCCUUGCACAUCAAACCCAUGUAGAUGUGGAACAUGUUCUGUAUCGGGUAGUAGUUAUGCAUGCAGUUGUCCAUCUGGACUCCAGGGAAAUCGAUGUGAAGUUUUGUUUACUCAAACGCUAACAUCUCCGGGAUUUCCGUCAAGCUAUACACACAAUCUUAACUUAGCUUGGACUAUUGAUGCUGGCAGUAGAAACAGAGUCAAAAUAAGUUUUAGCAGAUUCAACCUAGAGUCCUGCUGUGAUUUUGUAAAGGUAUACAAUGGAGCGUCGACUAGCAAUCUCCUAGGAUCUUUUGGUGGAACUAAUAUACCAUCCGACCAAAUAACGACUAGCAGAUAUAUGUACAUUACUUUUACAACAGACCAUUCAAUUCAGAGUACUGGAUUUAGUGCAAAUAUUUACAAAAUUAUAACAUAAUAGUAUGUUAUAGAAGUCCGUUACCAACUUU